CGCACCGCACGGCUCCCGGAGCAGCAGCUGUCAGUUUGUUAACGGUCGGUGCUGCUUGCUGUCCCGCUCUUCGCUAGCAUGGCCAAUUCUGAAUGUCCUCCGGUCCGGCGACCGGCCGUAGGAGUAGGUGUUGUGGUGACCUGCCGGGAGCAGCCGGGCUGUGUUCUUCUUGGGAAAAGGAAAGGCUCAAUCGGAGCAGGUACUUUCCAGCUGCCCGGGGGCCACCUGGAGUUCGGAGAAAGCUGGGAAGACUGCGCUAAGCGGGAAGUUCUGGAAGAGACAGGGCUUCGCAUGAAGAAUGUGUGCUUUGCUGCAGUUGUAAAUAGUAUCAAGUUAGAAGAAAAGUAUCACUACGUCACAAUUUUCAUGCAAGGAGAAGUCAAUAUGGAUUAUGAUUCAGAGCCAAAGAACCUAGAACCUCAGAAGAAUGAAGGUUGGGAGUGGAUCAAGUGGGAAGACUUACCACCAGCAGACCAGCUAUUUUGUCCUUUAGCACGUGUAAGACAAAUUUAUCAUCCUUUUGAAGAAAAACUUAAAAAUGCUGCUGGGAAUCCAUCAGUAAAUGGUAAUCAUCCUCAUCAUCGUCUAUGAGCCGAAUACAUCAGUUACAUGAUAUGUACAAUUACAAAUUAUGGUUCGAAAUUGGAAGAUCAGUAAAACUAAUUGAUUUUAAUUAUGAAGAUCUGUUAACAAAUAUACUGAAGUCAGUAAUCUGAACUGGGCCUUAUGUGCAUCUCCCACAUUUAAAUGCUAUACAUUAAAAUGAUAUUAAGUAAAUGCCAAACUAUUGAGAUGUAUUUCUAUUUUAGAUACAUGUAUACCAAAAAAAAUUGCUUGGGGAAAAACAUUAUAUUUGAAAUUCCUCACCUGUGAUGUUCAGUUAUGUAACAUUUGAUGUCAUGUUUGUGGUUUAUGUUUAAUAAGCUCCCAAUGCAUCCUUUGUAUAAUGUGUUGGGUUGAUUGCUGGUACCUUCUUUUGAAAUAAUGGGAAUUAGGGGAGGUAUUUGCCGAUCUGAUUUAUUCCUUUGAUUUUUGACUCCAGAAAAAUUCAGAAAAAGAUUACUACUUAGUGGUCUGUUUUUAGAGGAGUCUGUUCUAUCAUUAUUGUGGUCAACAUAUUUACUGUGUUUUCAUGCUACAACACAAGAUCCCACACUAUCUCCAUGACCUUUGCAGCUUCAGCUAGACAAACAGCAGAUAAUCUUCACCUAAAGUGGAUCACCUUCCUUUUCUUCCAUUGAUAGGUGUUGUUUGGUUUCCUGAUCCAUGCUCCAAAAUGCAGGCCAUCAUCCAGGUGCCAUUGUUAGCCUUAUAACACAUGCGUAAAGACUUGAAAUGUGCAAAGUGGCUUCUUGCACUUCAAUUAUAAGAAACAGCAGCUUUUCAAUGACAUCUAGAUUGGUGCAGACCAUACUGUUGACAUGUUUUUUUAUUCAGUUUCCACCAUUAAAUGUUCAAUUUUUAAAGUGGAUUCUGGUAAAACUAUGGUAAAGCAGUCCAUUAUACAGUCAUAUUAUACAUUUCUUGGCACAAUCACAUAUAGGAAGAGACCACUUUCUAGCCAUCACAGCAAGAUUGCCCAUGAAUUUUCACUCUGCCCAACUUCACUCCAAUUGGUUGGCAUCAUCAACUGACAAGCGUUGCGUGAGUUUGGCUAAUCCAGAGUUACCAGUCCAGAACUUUAGUUUCUCAUGAGUAUCUUUCUGUGGAUUUCUUAUUGUGCCAACAUGAAUGGCUGACAACUUCAGAUCUGGAAUUUUCUGUUAUCUGAAUUUGACUUUAUGAGCAGAAUGUAUAGCGAAAUCACAUUCUCAGUAUAAUGCAUGAAGCCUGUGUUAACCUUUUAGAUGGAUAAGGAUCUGGACAUCUUCAUGCAUGAAUCGUAAAGUUUGUAUGCUGUUACAGCAGGUCAUAAGGAUAACAAACAGAAUUUUGCUAUUCAUUGUAAAACAAAGAGUAUGUGGUACUAUUAUUCAAGAAAGGUGCUGAGGCUAAACCAGGGACAUACAGCCCAGUGAGUCUAACGUCCGUGGUAGGGAAAUUAUUGGAUUAAAAAUCUGAGGAACAGAAUUAAUCUCGAAAUGAAAAAGCAAAGGCUAACUAAGGAUAUUCAGCACAGUUUUGACAGGGUAGAUUGUGUCUAAUAGAAUUUGAAUUUAUUAAGGUGGUCACUUGGUCUGGUGAUGAGGAUAGUGUAGUUGAUGUAGUCCACAUGGAUUUCUGUAAAACCUUUUGACAUGGUAUUGCACUGGCAGAUUGAUCUCAAAGCUAAGAGCCACAGAAUCCAAGGCGGUUUAGAUCCAAAAAUGAGUUAGUGGCAGGAAGCAUACGGCAAUGGUCAAAGAUGGAAACCACAGGAUUCAGUGCUGCGUCCCUUGCUGUUGUUGUGUAUAUUAAUGAUCCAGACAUAAAUUUAGGAGGCAUGAUCAGAAGACAGGUGACACAAAAAUUUGUGUGGUAAAUAGCGAGGAGGAACGCCUUAUACUACACAAUGAUAUAGACUGCUUGGCCAGAUGGGCUGAACAGUGGCACGUGGAAUUUAAUUCUGAAAAUUGAGGGGUGAUGCAUUGUGGGAGGAUUAACAAGGCAAAAGGAGCAGACAGUGAAUGGUAGGAUCCUAGGAAAUACAGAGGAUCAGAGGGACCUUGGUGCGCAUAUACAUUAUCCUUGAAGGCAGCAUAUGGAAUACUGGCAGCAAGUGAUAGACAGAGCUAAGGGAUCUCACAACCAAGGGAUAGGAUCUAAGCUCUGCAGUCCAGCCACAUCUAGUCAUGAAUGGUGGUGAACAAUUAAACUCAUUGGAGGAGGCGGCUCCACAAAUAUCCCCAUCCUCAAUGAUGAAAGAGCCUAGCACAUCAUUACAAAAGAUAAGGCUGAAGUAUUCGCAGCAAUCUUCAGCCAAAAGUGCUGUGUGGAUGAUUCAUUUCAGCCUCCUCUGGUGAUCCCCAACAUUACACAUACCAGUCUUCAGCCAAUUUGGUUCACUCUGUGAUAUCGAGAAACGGUUGGAGACACUGGAUACUGCAAAGGCUAUGAGCCCUGACAACAUUCCAGCAAUAGUACUAAAGACUCGUGCUUCAGAACUUGCUGCUGCCCUAGUCAACCUCUUCCUGUAUAUUUAUAACAUUGGUAUCUACCCAGCAAUGUGGAAAAUUGCCCAGGUAUGUCCCGAACACAAAAAGCAGGACAAAUCCAACCUGGCCAAUAACCGUCCCAUCAGUCUACCUUCAAUCAUCAGUAAAAUGAUGGAAGGCGUCACCAGCAGUGCUGUCAAGAAGCACCUGAUCAGCAAUAAUCUGUGAUGCCACUCAGCUCCUGAUCCAUUUAAAAUCUUUUUUUCAAACAAAAAGAGCUGACAGUGACAGCCUUUCACAUCAAGUCUGCAUUCGAUCAAGUAUGGCAUCAAGGAGCCCUGGCAAAACUGGAUUCAGUGGGUAUCUAGGGCAAAUAUCUCUGGUGGUUAGAGUCAUAACUGACAUAUAGGAAGAUGGUCGUGGUUGUUGAAGGUCAAUCAUCUCAGCUCCAGGACAUCUCUGCAGGGGUUCCUCAGGGUAGUGUCCUCAGCCCAACCAUCUUCAGCUGCUUCAUUAACGAUCUUCCCUCCAUCAUAACGUCAAAAGUGGGAAUGCUUGCCGAUGUUUGCAAUACGUUCAGCACCAUUUGUGAUUCCUCGGACACUGAAGCAGUCCAUGUGCAAAAGCAACAAGAUCUCAACAAUAUCCAGGCUUGGGCUGACAAGUGGCAAGUAACAUUCGUGCCGCACAAGUGCCAGGCUAUGGCCAUCACCAAUAAGAGACAUUCUAACCACCACCCCUUGACAUUCAAUGGUGUUACCAUCAUGGAAUCCCCCACUAUCAACCCCCCAGGAUGUUAUCAUUGACCAGAAACUCAACUGGACUCACCACAUUAACAGAGUGGCUACGAGAGCAGGCCAGAAGCUAGGAAUACUGUGGCAGUUAAGUCACCUCCUGACUCCUCAAAGCCUGUCCACCAUCUACAAGGCACAAGAGGAGUGUCUUGGAGUACUCCCUACUUGCCUGGAUGAGUGCAGCCACAACACAUUCAAGAAGCUUGACCCUAUCCAGGAUAAAGCAGCCGGCUUGUUUGGUACUACAUCCACAAGCAUCCACUCCCCCCAUCACCGACGCUCAGUUGCAGUGUGUUCUAUCUACAAGGUGCACUGCAGAAAUUUACCAAGGAACCUCAGACUGCACCUUCCAAACCCACGACCAUUUCCACCUAGAAGGACAAGGGCAGCAAAUGUAUGGGAACACCACCACCUCUAAGUUCCCCUCCAAGCCGCUCACCAUCCUGACUUGGAAAUAUAUUGCUAUUCCUUCACCAUCACUUGGUCAAAAUCCUGGAAUUCCCUCCCUAAUGGCAUUGUGCGUCAACCUACAGCUGGCGAACUGCUGUGGUUCAAGAAGGCAGCUCACCACCAUCACCUCCAACACAACUAGGAAUGGGCCAGAAAUGCUAGCCAGCCAGUGACAUUAUUUAGUCCAGAGAACUUUGUAUAGUUACGGUCACCACACUGCAGGAAGUAUGUGAUUUUUCUCAAGAGGAUGCACAAGAGAUUCACCAGGAUGUUGCUUGAGUUGGAGCUAUGAAGAGAGACUAGGUCAGCUGAAGUUGUGUUCCUUGGACAGAAGGCUGAGGGGAAAUCCGAUUCAGGAGUACGAAGUUCUGUGGGGCAUGGACAGGGUGGAUAUAGAAGAACCUUUGCCUUAGUGGAGGAGUCAAUACUAAGGCACACCAUUUAAAGGUAGGGUACAGGAGGUUUAGAAGGGAUUUGAGGAAAACAAAUUUUGCUCAGAGGGUUGGGAGUAUCUGGAAUUCACUGCCUAAAAGGGUGACAGGUGAGAACAUUCAAAGAUUUAGGAACUAUUUAGAUGAGCAUUUGAAAUGCUAUAGUAUAGAAGACCAGGGACAAGUACUGGAAAAUAGGAUUAGAAGUUAUUUGAUGGCCAGCUCAAAUACAAUAGGUCAAAUGGCCUCUUUUCAUCCUAUAAAAACUCUGACUCUUAAUAUUUAACCAGAACCUCCGUCGGUAUUCUAAUAUUUACCAAGUCUUGUUCACUAUUUUUGCUCUCAAUCUUCUAAACAGUUCAAAUUUGAAAGACAAGUCCAUGUGUUCGUACUCCUCCAUGGCCUCAUCCCUUUCCCAAAUCCACAACCUCCUUCAGCCUAACAUUCCUUUGUGAAUUAUUCAUUCCUCUAAUCUGACAUUCUAUACAUCUACGGCAUACUUUACCUAACCAAUAACUGUUUAGACUUUUAAGCGCUAGUCUCCCAGUACAUAUGUGAAGACUGUAACUUGCUGACAAUAUAAAAGAGAGUUUUCCAUAAUUUAUUUACAACAUAUGUAUUGGAUCAUUAUAUUAUGAAAUGUACAUCUCCAAAACAACGUUUAUGAUUUGUUUAGUUUGCAUUAUUGUGGAAAAUUUGUUUCAAUAUCACAAUGUAAUAGUUCCUCUAGUUAUCUUUUAACAAAAUUUUUAUGGGGCUUGCCAAGUUUAACAGUGUCAACUUUUGAGAAGAUAGGAGUUUGAAAAUGGUAUUUUAAGUGUCCACUGGCAAAUUAUUCACUUUCAGGUUGGUGUAACACACCAAGGUACAAAGUGCAAUCUCAUCAACCUAUCUCAAUAGUGUACUUUUACACAACCUCAGAACAAGAAUUUCUAUUAUAACAGAUGAAAAUUAUUCUAUUUCUUCACUGCAAUUGCAGGGGUGCACUCACUGCAUUUGUAGUUAGUGCCUGUGACAUUAAUGUCAGGGAUGCUGCAGGUGGCUUCACGCUAAAACUAACCCCACAUUCAGUGUGCAACAGCAAAACACGGACAUGAGAACAAAUUAAGACAGAUAGAGGUGGUGCUUGACUGAUGACUGUGCAACCUAAAGAAUGAGGUUCCAUUUUACUGUUGAGGAUCUGUGAACGUUCAUGUGUACUUAUGAACAGAUGUUUAUAUUGUACUGUAUUGCAUUCCAACUUGCAUAUAAAUUGACUUAUGAAUGUACUUGAAUGGAACCAACAGGUAGAACACUAAACAAGUGCAGCACAAGAACAGGCCCUUCGGCCCACCAUAUCUGUGCUGAUCAUAACACCAUUUGAAAUAAAUCCCACACAGCUUAACAUGGUGCAUAUUCUUCUAUUUCCUGCCUGUUCAUGUGUCUGUCUAAACUCCUCAAACUUUGUUAACAUAUCUUCUUGGUUAUGCUUUAUCCCCUGGCAGCGUGUUUUGGCACCUACCACCGUCUGCAUGUAAAAAGUUUACUCACACAUCUCCUUUAAUUUUCCCCUCUCACCUUAAACCUUCGCCCCUUAGUACUUAACAUUUCCACCCCGGGUAAAAGACUUCGACUAUCCAACCUAUCCGUGCCUCUGCAAUUUAAAUACAUUUAUUAGAUUGCCACUCAGCCUCUAUGCUCUAUGGAAAACAAACUAAGUUUGUCCAACCUUUUCCUGUGGCUAAUACACUCUAAUCAGGCAGCGUCCUGGUAAACCUCUUCUUCGGCCUCUCAAAAGCCUCCACUACCUUUAUGUAGUGUGGGGACCAGAACCGCACACAAAACUUCAAAUAUGGCCUAACUAAAAUCUUAUACAGUUGCAACAUGACUUGCCAACUGUUAUACUCAAUACCUAAACCAAUGAAGGUACUUUCAGGGAGCUAUGGACUUUUUCCUUAAUGUUAUUCUAUAUAUUAAUGCUUCUAAGGAUCCUGUCAUUUACUCUUUUCUCUUGCAUUUGACUUUCCAAAAAUGCAUCACCUCACACUUGACAAGUGGACCAGGGACUAAACUCUAGUUGUCAUCUCUCCGCCCAACUUUCCAAAUGAUCUUUAUUCUGCUAUAUCCUUUCAUAACCAACUCACUAUCCACAAAGUUCACCAACUUGUGUAUUGUCUGAAAACUCCAAAAUCAGACCAUCUACAUUUUCAUCUAAAUCACUUACAUUAUAAAGAGGUCUCUGCUCAAAUGCUUGCGAAAUACCACUGGUCACAGAUCUCCAAUCAAAAAAAAACACCCAUCCACAACUCCCUUCUAUCUUCUAUGACCAAGCCAAUUUUGCAUCCAACUUGCCAACUCACUGUGGAUCCGUGUGACUGAAUCUUCUGGACCAGCCUACCACAAGAGGCCUUGUCAAGUGCUUUAAUAAAAUCCAGGUAGACAACAUCCACUACCCUAUCCUUCACCAUCUUUGUCACUUCUUCAAAAAAAACAACUCAAUUUUGUGAGACAAGAUCUCUGCAGCAUAAAACCAUGCUGACUAUCUCUAAUAAGUCCAAAUAGGAUAAGGAUAAGUAAUAGUACACUGUAUUGCAUACACUGGUGGACUGCUUGCAAAUGCUAACAGCGAUACACUCAAUUUCUUAACCUAUCACAUUAUAAGUAAAAAGUGCAUGACCAGAGUUCAUUUAAUGUGUCCUAGGCAGUUAAAUCUCCUAGUUCCAGUUUCACGUAUCGUUGCAAUAAAGUUUUGUUUUGUUUCUUGGCUUGCAUCUCACACUAGCUGUUAGACAGGGUGACAUCAAAGCAGACGGCAAGUGAGGUAAUGAGAAUGAAGUGAAGAUUGGGACAAGAAGCAGCAAUCAGUGGACAUAAUAACUUCAGUAGUGCCAACUUCCUGAUCCAGUGCAUUGGCAAGAGAUACAAUGAAUUAGAACACUCCAUCGGACACUUAUGCAGUAACCAGGGAGAAUGACCGAUUUCUACUUGUGGAUGAAUGUUAAACAAUAGCGUCAAUAUUUGAGUUUCUGUAUUAGGUAUAAAAGUCUUCAGAAUAAAUAAUGCCCGGUUUCUUACUA